AUUUGAUUUAGAUGUAAAUUAAAAACUAAUUUGUACCGGAGUCUAAAAUCUAUUCAUUGACUUGUAAGUAGUAGUCAUAGCUUGUAAUUCCAGUACAAACUACGGGGCGCUAUGGCGCUACGCAUUUAAAUUUGCAAACGACUUUUGAGGUUAUGAAUAUGAUAUGCUAUCGCAUGUUCAUAUAGUUUGUCUGAAAUAUAUUGUGUGUAUAUUGAAAUCAUCCAUUGAAAAUGGAUGAUUGUGAUGUAAAUCUUCAAGAAGCGACUACAAUAAGCCAUUUGAGACCUUUAAGGUGUGAAUUGAGCCUAUUAUCCCGUUCCGAUGGUUCUUCAAUUUUAACUCAGGGCCAAACAGCGGUAAUGGUCUCUCUUUACGGACCAGUUGAGGUCAGAUUGCAAAAUUUAUUAAUACAUAAAGCAUCUAUAGAAGUCAAGUUCAUUCCAAAGUCAGGAAUUUCAGGAGUAGCCGACAGGCUCAAAGAAAAAGUUAUUCAAAAUACAGUAGAGACUGCCUUGAUGUCAACAUUAUACCCUCGCAGUGCUGUGAACAUUAAUAUUUUAGAAAUGCAAGACUCAGGUGGCCUUUUGUCAUGUGCGGUAAAUGCAUCUUGCUUGGCUCUUUUAAAUAGUGGAGUACAAAUGAAGUUCUUAAUAGCGGCAGUGCAUUGCAUUGUAAACAAAAACAAUGAAAUAGUUAUUGAUCCACACGACAGGCUGAUCGUGAACAAUUGUAAUGCGAGUUUUGUGUUUGUGUUCGAUAAUAUAGACAGAAAAUUAAUAACAUCUUACACAACAGGAAAAUAUAAUGAGGAACAAUACAUGGAGUGCUUACAACAGUGUAAAGAAGCGUCUUUAGAGAUUUUUAAAUUUUAUCGAGACAUAAUAAAAAAAAGUGCUUUAAUAAUCUGAAAUUAUGUUUUAUGAAACUUAUAUUAAAUAACACAUGUUUUUACCUUAAACCAUUUCCAUUAGAACUUUGUAUAGUUUUGGCAUUUACAUUACUUUUAUAUUUUUUACAUAUUGGUAAAUUAGUAAUUUCAAUUCUUAAGUCGCUAUCAAGUAUUUUG